CUCCCCAGCCGCACACAGCAGCCCCCUUAUAUCCAGUCUGGCACCUCUCCCUCCUCUCCUGCCUCCUCUGCUCUUCGUCCGCUGCGAUCGCUGUGUUUGCCGCUCUGUCCAGCCCUGUCCUGUCCAUCCCUGUCCAUCCCUGUUCAUCCCUGUUCAUCCCUGUCCAGUCGAAAUGUCCGCGCCGAGUGAUUACGUCCAGCCCACCCUGAUGUGGUCGCCCAAGAACCUCGAGGACAACCAGCUCAUCAAGUUCCGAGACUUUGUCAACAAGCGAUACAACCUCAGCCUGGCCACCUAUGACCAGCUGUGGCAAUGGUCAAGCGAUCAAAUCGAGAACUUUUGGGAAUCAGUCUGGAUCUUCACCAACAUCAAGGCCUCGGUUCCAUACACCCAGGUCCUCGAGCCCGGCGUCCGCAUGGACAGGAUUCCCAAGUGGUUUCUGGAUGCCCGCCUGAACUAUGCCGAGAACAUCCUUGCCUACAAGGACGACCACGUUGCCAUCAUCGGCGCUGGUGAGGGCGACACCAUCGAGAAGAUCACCUACGCCGAGCUCCACGAGCGUGUGCGGGUUCUCGCGGGUGCUCUCCGAGCCCAUGGUGUUCGCCCCGGCGACCGCAUUGCCGGAUACGUUCCAAACUCACCUCAGACGGUCAUUUGCAUGCUCGCGGCGACAAGCUUGGGCGCCAUCUGGUCUUCGGCCUCCCCCGACUUUGGCGUUACGGGCAUUCUCGACCGCUUCAGCCAGAUCCAGCCCAAGAUCAUCUUCUCGAUCAAUGCCGUUCUGUACAACGGCAAGACGCACGACCAUCUCGAGAAGCUCAAGGCCGUUGUGGAUGGUCUCGACUCGCUCGAAAAGGUCGUCGUCUUCCCGUUUGUGGACCAGCCCUUUGAUCUCUCUGGAAUCCCCAAGAGCUCCAGCCUGGCCGAGUUCCUGAGCACCUCCGACAACGGCCCGCUCGUCUUUGAGCAGCUGCCCUUUGAUCACCCCCUCUUUAUUCUCUACAGCUCCGGCACGACCGGGAAGCCAAAGUGCAUCGUCCAUGGCGCUGGUGGCGUACUCAUCCAGCACAAGAAGGAGCACAUUAUUCACGGCUCGAUGGGUCGCAAUGACAUCAUGCUGUACUACACCACCACCGGGUGGAUGAUGUGGAACUGGCUGGUUGGUGGACUUCUCGCUGGAUCCACGAUUGUGUGUUACGACGGCAGCCCCUUCAAGCCCUCCACCGACCGGCUCUGGCGACUCAGCGAGCAGCUCGGCGUCACCAUCUUUGGCACCUCGGCCAAGUACAUCCAGGGACUCGAGGAAGCCGGCUUCAAGCCCCGGGAGCACUUUGGGCUCUCCACCCUCCGGACGAUCUACACGACGGGAUCCCCGCUCAAGCCCGAGAGCUACGAUUUCAUCUAUCGCCAUAUCAAGGAAGACGUUCUUGUGGGCUCGAUCACGGGUGGAACCGACAUCGUUUCGCUCUUUGCGGGCCACAACGCUGCCGGGCCGGUUUAUCGCGGCGAGAUCCAGUGCAGAUGCCUCGGCAUGGCAAUCGAGGCUUGGAGCGAGAGCGGCAAGCCUGUUCUCGACGAAACCGGCGAUUUGGUGUGCACAAAGCCCUUCCCCGUCAUGCCAGUUGGAUUUUGGAACGACCCCAACCACGAAAAGUACCGCGGCGCCUACUUUGACGUGUUUGAGGGCGUCUGGCACCACGGCGACUUUGUCUACAUCAACUCCAAGACGGGCGGUGUGAUCAUGCUGGGCCGAAGCGACGGAACUCUGAAGCCAGCUGGCGUCCGAUUUGGUAGCGCCGAGCUCUACAACAUUGUCGAGUCCUUCCCGCAGGUGUCGGAUAGUUUGGUGGUUGGCCAAAAGUACCAAGACGAUGAGCGAGUGAUCAUGUUCCUGAAGAUGGCCGAGGGUCACGCAUUCAACAGCGAGAUCGUCAAUGCCAUCAAGGCCAAGAUCCGCGCCCAGCUUUCGCCACGCCAUGUCCCUGCGAUUGUUCUGGAGACCCAGGAUAUUCCGUACACACUCACGGGCAAGAAGGUCGAGGUCGCAGUCAAGCGAAUCAUCAACGGCGCCACGAUUGUCCCAAGCAGCACCCUCAGCAACCCAGACAGCCUCAAGCUUUACUACAACAUUCCCGAGCUGCAACAGUAGAGUGCCGGAGCAGCGAAUGCCACCAGAGAGGCAGAGUGGCGUGUUCGGACAGCGAGGGGACGGGAAAAUGCAGCCAGAGCCAGCUCGGAGGAGCAGUCAGGUUUGCCGUUGCAAACGCGGAUGUCAGGACCAGCGGAUACGAGGGACUCUGUUUGCUCGAGAUGAUGGCCCGCCGCGACGCCUCUUCCGCCAUGGAUGGCUGUCUUCUUCCGCCUGGGCUUUCGGACU